ACAACAUGGGUCAUGAAGGAGAAUACACCGAGGCAGAUAUCCUAGAUUUAUCAGCAGAGAAUUGCCAAGAUUUGGAAUUUGACAGCAGUACUUGGCUCAGUUCAACGCUGGACUCACAAAAACAGAAAACUGAAAACGGUAAACGGGACUGCCAUUACGUGAAGAACAAUUGGAACAUCCUCGCAGUUCCUAUUUCGGCAGAGGAGCUGAAGAUACGAAGUGAGCUAGGAAUGCAGAUUGAGAGGGACUUAGAAGAAGAGAUCAAGGAGGGUAUAUACCACCUUGCUCUUCGGUUGCACCGGAUUUACCAGCAGAAGAAGGAAAGAAGUGCAAAAGAAGCAUGUGAACUCUACAAUAAACAAGCUAGGGCAGUUUCUGAAGUGAACAUAAGCAUAAGAAUGGAAGGAGCAACUAAAGUUGAAAUUAAAGAGAUCAACAAAGAAGCAGCUGAAAAGGAUUCACGGAAUUCUAGACCACAAAAUGUGAAGGAAGUGAAGAAGGUUGAUUGGGUGAAGACCCUCAGAGCAGGUUCAAGCCCUGUUUGUGCUACAAGAUCAUCAUGUGUCAGCUCAAAGAAUAAGAAUAAAAAGUUAGGCACUGACCCUAAUGUUUUCUCCAACUGGAAAAUUCAUGGUGGGAGGGGAAAGAAUGCUGGUUCUACCGAGCUAGUAAAACAGAAUGCAAGUGUGGACAAGAAGAUACUUCAAUUGGUGUGGAAGGUUUGAAGAUCUUUGUAAUUUGAUUCGUGAUUUCUAAGGCUUUGAUUGCAUAAAUAAUAGUAAUAUAGUUCGGAAUGAUUUUUCCCUAAAAACAAAUGAUGGAUAGUGUAUUGAAGGAGUGAAAGUUUCUGUAAAGAAAUAAAGUAUCGAUUUGAU